UCUCAUCUGCAUUGUUACCUCCCCCACACUUUAUUGUCACAUGUCCUGGCAACGCUCAUCAACAGAGUGCAGGAAAGAAGUUAUAUGGGAGCAUUAGGACCCAGGAGGAUGCGGACUGACUGCUGAAAGGAGGAAGUAAUAUUUGCAGUUUACUAGUACUCCGACAAAAUGAGCAAGGGAAGGUUGGUAGAAGAUGCGGCUACGGCCUCCAGUUACCGAGACUUCCACCUGGAUCACUUCCACCUGGAGCUGCAGGCGGACACGCAGGCGAGGAAGCUGCGCGGCUCGGAGCGGCUAGAGCUGCGGCUGCUGAGAGAGACCGGGGUAUUGAGACUGGACUCUUACCCGAGCCUGCACGUUCUCCGGAUCUCGUCAGAUCUCUUCAGCGGGGAGCAGAAGGAGCUGCACUGGGAGGAUAAACCUUUCACCAGCUAUGGCAGCAUCCUUGAAAUCACACUGCCCGAAGCGCUCACACCCGAGACCAAGAUGCGGGUCACUAUAGAGUACGAGGUUGGGGACAGCCCAGGGGUUUGUUGGUUAGAACCAGAACAGACGGCGGGAAAGAAGAAACCGUACAUGUAUACGCAAGGCCAAGCUGUUCUAAACCGCUGUUUCUUCCCUUGUUUUGAUACACCUGCUGUUAAAAGCACCUAUUCAGCCAGUAUCCAGGUUCCAGAGGGUUUCACGGCACUAAUGAGUGCAGAUAAAUGGGAUCGUCAAGGUGGUACAUUCAUCUUCAACAUGACACAACCCAUUUGUUCUUAUCUUGUGGCUUUAGUAAUUGGGGAUAUUGUGUCUGCAGAGGUAGGACCAAGAAGCAGGGUUUGGGCAGAACCGUGUUUGAUUGAAGCUGCAAAAAAGGAAUAUGAUGGCGUAAUAGAAGAGUUCUUGAGUGUAGGGGAGAGACUAUUUGGACCAUAUGUUUGGGGAAGAUAUGAUGUCUUGUUCAUGCCCCCAUCAUUUCCAUUUGGUGGUAUGGAGAACCCCUGCAUCACAUUUGUCACCCCCUGUCUGCUGGCUGGUGACCGUUCUCUGGCUGAUGUUAUUAUUCAUGAAAUAUCCCAUAGCUGGUUUGGAAACCUGGUGACCAAUGCUAAUUGGGGUGAAUUCUGGCUGAACGAGGGUUUUACUAUGUAUGCCCAGCGGAGGAUCUCAAGUGAGAUAUUUGGCUCUGCGUAUACUUGUCUAGAAGCAGCCACUGGAAGAGCCCUACUUCGACAGCAUAUGAACGUCUCGGGAGAGACUCAUCCUUUAAACAAACUGCGAGUCAAUAUUGAACCUGGAGUGAAUCCUGAUGAUACUUACAAUGAGACACCGUAUGAGAAAGGAUUCUGCUUUGUUUCUUAUCUUGCCCACCUUGUUGGGGAUCAGACUACAUUUGAUGCAUUUUUAAAGGCUUACGUUGACAGAUUCAAGUUUCAGAGUAUCACUGCUGAUGAAGCCUUAGCAUUUUAUUUGAAUCAUUUUCCAAAUCUUAAGGCCCAAGGUGUUGAUAAAAUAAAGGGCUUGGAAUUUGACCAUUGGUUGGACACCCCUGGCUGGCCAUCAUUCUUGCCCGACUUAUCCGCUGGUGAUACUCUCAUGAAGCCAGCUGAAGCUUUGGCAGAACUCUGGGCCUCUACACCACUUGACAUGGAGGCUAUUGCUAAAGUAGACACCGUACAAUGGAAGACAUAUCAGCUAGUCUAUUUCUUGGAUCGCGUACUUGAGAGGUCACCUCUACCCUCUGGCAAUGUGGAAGAGCUUGGGAAAUAUUACACAAAGAUUUCUGAAGCCACAAAUGCUGAACUCCGACUUCGCUGGGCUCAAAUUGUUUUGAAGAAUGAUUAUCAGAACCACUUUCAGAAAGUCAGCGAUUUUCUCCACAGCCAAGGAAAACAGAAGUAUACAUUGCCACUGUACCGUGCCAUGCAAGCUGGGUCUGAGACUGCUCGUGCUUUAGCCAGAGAGACCUUCAACCGUACUUCGCCACAACUUCAUUUCAAUGUGCGUAAUUAUGUGAAAAAGAUCCUGGAAGUGUAAAGAACAUCACAGGCGAUAAGGAGUGAAUUGCACCAUAUUUAAUUUCAGAUAUCCUCAUAUCAAGUAACUACUAUCCUACCAAGAUUGCUGAAAUCGAAACUUGUGCUACUUAGUUAUCACUUGUUUCUGUUAUAAAGUAUCCUGCUGUAAAUCAUGAUUACUGUUAACUGCCAAAAUAAAAUAAUUUGCACAUGUCA